AGCCUGCGGCUGCUCCUGGCUCACAGCGCUCCGGGCGAGGAGAGCGGGCGGACGUCGGGGGCUGGGCCGGUGCGGGUGCGAGGCAGGCGGAGGAGGCGCAGAGACAGCGGGGCGACCGGGACGCGGCAGCCGGCGGCGUCGGGGCCGCGGCCUCUACCUUCCGGCUCCCUUGGUGUCGGAUCCCCGCGCCCAGGGCGCACUGUGGAGAGGGACGCGGCGGAGCCGGCCGGCAACCAUGGAACCGGCCCCCUCCGCCGGCGCCGUGCUGCAGCCCCCGCUCUUCGCCAACGCCUCGGACGCCUACCCUAGCGCCUUCCCCAACGCUGGCGCCAAUGCGUCGGGGCCGCCGGGUGCGCGGAGCGCCUCGUCCCUCGCCCUGGCAAUCGCCAUCACUGCGCUCUACUCGGCCGUGUGCGCCGUGGGGCUGCUGGGCAACGUGCUCGUCAUGUUCGGCAUCGUACGGUACACUAAGAUGAAGACGGCCACCAACAUCUACAUCUUCAACCUGGCCUUGGCUGAUGCGCUGGCCACCAGCACGCUGCCUUUCCAGAGUGCCAAGUACCUGAUGAAGACGUGGCCCUUUGGUGAGCUGCUCUGCAAGGCUGUGCUCUCCAUCGACUACUACAAUAUGUUCACUAGCAUCUUCACACUCACCAUGAUGAGUGUCGACCGCUACAUCGCUGUCUGCCACCCUGUCAAGGCCCUGGACUUCCGCACGCCUGCCAAGGCCAAGCUGAUCAACAUCUGUAUCUGGGUCCUGGCCUCAGGCAUUGGCGUGCCCAUCAUGGUCAUGGCUGUGACCCGUCCCCGGGAUGGGGCGGUGGUGUGCAUGCUCCAGUUCCCCAGCCCCAGCUGGUACUGGGACACGGUGACCAAGAUCUGCGUGUUCCUCUUCGCCUUCGUGGUGCCCAUCCUCAUCAUCACCGUGUGCUACGGCCUCAUGCUGCUGCGCCUGCGCAGUGUGCGCCUGCUGUCGGGCUCCAAGGAGAAGGACCGCAGCCUACGGCGCAUCACGCGGAUGGUGCUGGUGGUGGUGGGCGCCUUCGUGGUGUGUUGGGCGCCCAUCCACAUAUUCGUCAUCGUCUGGACGCUGGUGGAUAUCGACCGGCGCGACCCGCUGGUGGUGGCCGCGCUGCACCUGUGCAUCGCUCUGGGCUACGCCAAUAGCAGUCUCAACCCCGUGCUCUACGCCUUCCUCGACGAGAACUUCAAGCGCUGCUUCCGCCAGCUCUGCCGCAAGCCCUGUGGCCGCCCGGACCCCAGCAGCUUCAGUCGCGCCCAUACUGGAGGACAGAGGACCACCUACUUAGAUCCUGUGAAUGCAGGCUCCCCAGGUUCCCCACCUGCUCCAGCCUAG